AUUGCUGUAUGUUUCUCUCCUGUUUUUUGUAGGGAAAUGCCUCCCCACCAUCAGCCAGACCGUACUCAUACGCCCCUCCCGCUUCACCCCCCCUCCCCGAAUCUACGACUUUCCGGCCGCGCAGUAUGCCCUCCAACCCCUCCCACAUGAUGUCCGGGGACAGCACAGACCGAGUGAUGGUGAUGAACGAUGAACUACUACAGCGGCUGACGCAUGGGAAGGCCAGCUUUUCCCGCCCCCUGGUCAUUCCCCGCUCCUCAGAUACCUCCGCCCCCCUGCACUACAACUCCCCGUCCUCCGAGGUGGAGGAGUGGCUGCGAGGAAAGGGCUUCAGCGAGCCUACUGUGAGCUGCUUGGGCGUGUUGACUGGUGCUCAGCUAUUCUCCCUCAACAAAGACGAGUUGCGUGCUGUUCUGCCAGAUGAGGGCACUAGAGUCUACAGUCAGAUCAUGGUGCAAAAGGCUUUGCUGGAGGAUGCCCACAAGGUCUCGGAACUGGAGGCAGUAAUGGAGAAGCAGAAGAUGAAGGUGGACCACAAUCUCGAAAGCACCACAUUCUGAGGGACGCCAAGACAUCAGCAGUGCACAGGCUCGGGUUAACUGGGUCCCACACAGAAUUCCUUCUGAGAAAGUUUCAAAGGCUUCAGUUCUGGACCCAGCUUGUCUGUAGGCACGCAAACACAUCACCUUAAUGCCACAAUGAUCAAAAGACUGAUAAAUCAAUGCAUUCUCAAAUCCACCAUGUCCGCUCAGCCUCCUACUGCUGUGUCCUGCUUUAGCUCCAUAGGGUCAGAGGUGCUGAAGAUACACAACAAAUGUAUUUUGUAUCAAAAUGCAAGACAUGCAUGCUGAGGAAAUAUUUAAAGUAUAUGAAUCAUCUGAAAAACUGAAAAUGACUAAAUGUGUGGAUUUUUUUUUUUUUUUUUUAGAAAGAUUAUCUGGAGGUUGCUUGCCAGUGUAAGAUUUAACUGUAUGACCGUUAACUGUGUAUAAGAUUGGAUAUAAAUGGCAGUAUUGUCACAACUGAAGAUGGAUAUCACUGUCUUGUAUAACUUUUAGGUUCUAGCUUUGCAUAACCCCUUACCCUCAAUGAAUAAAAGUGUUGUAAGGACAAUUUCAAGAACUCGCCAAUCUAGAAUAUAGGAAACUGCAAGCUGAAUUUGUCAUCAUAGAUUCUAUAUCCUGACUAGGUAAUUAAUGCUUGUAACAGGAGCACAACAUUUGAUGUUACCUUGAUAUGAUAUGAACACACUGUCAAUCACUAAGCAUGAUAGUUGGGGACCAUGUAAAUGACAGAGUUGGGAUUAAACUAUAAACUGCUGCAACCAAAUGCUUUGGAAUUAUAUAAAUAUGUUCUACUCCUAGGUGAAAUAAUUUAUAAUAAAAGGAGAAAAACGCUACUAAAA